UACUCGCACAGCACCCCGCUAGCUAACAGCAGGAUGUGUAAGAACAGGUCAUUCAUUUUGCCUUUUUUUUGAAUAAAAGUGAAAUUACCAUACGAAUUCUUGGUCUGAUGAAAGCUGUCUUUAUUGCUUGCCUUCGCUAACGUCUUGCGGUGCGUGAAAAUUAUUCGGGUACGUUUUUGAAUGGGCAUGCUUGAAAGGAUAUUAUUGUUUACAUGUCGCUCGAGAUCAAGAUAAUGUCACAAAUGAUUAAUUCAUCAGCGAGCCCCACCUGCCAGUUGAAAAACUGACUCAUCUGUACGCUAUUGGCGCCCACAAGACAAAGGUAAUGCUAAAAUCUGUUGUCUGACAAGACACUGAACCACAUGGCUCACUGAGCUACCAGCGAAGCCAAGACGUGAACGAAUUAGAACUCAUCUACAAUUUAUGGUCAUUUUUCGCCGUCAAAAACUAAUUUCGUGCCGCAGUAUUGCAACAAAAGGCUUCCUCUUGAGGUCCAGUACUGAAAUAGUCCUUUUCAGCAACAAAAGGGCUUUCUUCGCCCAUCGGCGCAAGUGAUCCAUCUUGAUGUGUUUACAGCGUCGGUACAAAGAACAAAUGAGAUGCUAAGUCGCUGAAAGAGUUGUACAACAAAGGCACUCAUUGACGAAACCACAACGUACUCAUCAUUUCUAAAACGUAAACAAGAUUUGAAAGAAGCGUCGAGUUGAUACUGUCUGCUGUACGCGUGUAAACCCAAUAUAGAACGUUGUUCUUUGUUCGGGGCCAAGUAAAGAAUUUGGGAAAUAGAUUGAGUCCAAGAUUUGAACUCACACCAAGGGAAUUUCCGUUCGUGUUUUACGUAGGUUGUUAAAGUUAUCGCAACAUUUACGGAGAUCAUUACUUCAUUUUGCUGACAGGUUUGGCGGACAGAACAUCAGUAAAGUUCCAGUGAGGCAUAGAUCGAUGUGAACCGUGUUGAAGGGAACGCGCGAAAGAUUUAUUACAAGCUAAAACGGGUUGCCCAAAGAAGAAGAACAAUGAUUGGCUUAAUUUUCUUAGCCGUGGUAACUUACUUAAACUGCGUGACUUGUCAAGAUGGCUCCUUGCUGAUGAAAGGGAGCAUUGUAAUUGGAGGUCUGGUGCCGAUUCACGACCAUGAUUCUGAGGAUCUUGCUCAAUGCGGAGAUCUAAACGAGAGAGUUGGUAUCCAGCGACUAGAGGCCAUUCUCUUUGCCGUCGACAAAAUAAACAAAAACGAUUCGAUUUUGCGCAAUAUUUCUCUUGGACUCGAGGUCUACGAUACUUGUUCCAGCGAGACAAUAGCGCUCGAUCGGGCCUUGCACUUUGUGAAAGACAGAGUGUCUUCUAAAGAGCAGCAUCCCUCGGGAAAUCCCGUCAUGGCGGGCGUCAUUGGGCCAUCCUUCAGCUCCAUCUCGGUCCAAGUUGCACAUCUGUUCCGCUUGUUUCAGAUUCCACAAGUUAGCUUUGACUCCACGAGUUACGAGCUGAGUGACAAGACCAGGUUCGAGUUCUUCUCACGCACUGUUCCGCACGAUCUGUAUCAAGCCAAAGCGCUCGUUGAUAUCGCCAAGUUAAUGAACUGGACAUACAUCUCGGUUGUGCACAGUGAUGAUUCUUACGGGACGCUUGGCUUUCAAGCGGUGAAGGAGGAAGCAAAGAAAUCAGGUAUAUGCAUUGCAGCAGCCGAGAAAAUUGAACAAUCAACCCCCGCUGGAACGUUUCCAACAAUCAUCGACAAACUCCUUCAGGAACCCGACGCCAAAAGCGUCGUGGUUUUUAGCAGCCAAGAACGGCAAAUCCGAAAUCUACUGCAAGCUGCGAAGGACAGAGGAGCGGCGGGAACAUUUCAGUGGCUUGGGACGGACGCCUGGGGAAACAUGUUGUGGUUGAAAGGAUUAGAAGACGUUGCACUUAACACCAUAACAGUCUUGCCAAAGGCCGCGGAGUUGACUGCUUUUAACGAGCAUUUUUAUCAACUGAAGCCCAAAACAAACGCUCGUAAUCCUUGGUUUCGUGAGUUCUGGGAGCAGCAUUUUAAUUGCUCUCUUAGUGGAGAAAUAAACGGUAAAUGCAGUGGGUUAAACCUCACGUUUACAAACAGCCCGGUUGAUAAUCGUGUCGCCAGCGCCAUGGAUGCGGUGUACGUGUUCGCGCAUGCGCUAGAUGCUAUCUUCAAAAAACAGUGCCCGGCGAGCAAUGUUUGUGAACGCAUGCGUAAUAUCUCGGGGAAAGAGCUUUUGGAACACAUUAGGAAUGUUUCUUUCAUUGGAGCAAGCGGAAAUCACGUUCGUUUCAACGCCGAUGGCGACGUUGAAGGACGUUUUGACGUAUUAAUGUUCACAAAACAGGGGAACAAUUACAAAACGGUUCACAUUGGCGAAUGGGACAAACGAUUAAAACUUCAACCGAGAGCAUUGUCAGUGUUCAAAGGAGUGUCGUCAUCUUGCCAACCUGUUUGUAAGAGCAAAGAAGUUAAAGUGCCUGUGGUCGGAAAAGAAUUUUGCUGUUGGACUUGUAAUCUUUGCAACGGGAAUCACUACAUAGUAAAUAACAGUAUCUGCGAGCAGUGCCCUCUGGGAUACAUACCAACGCCUGACGGACGCGCAUGCACGAAAGUUGACUUAACGUACUUCGGAAAGAACUGGAUGUUUUCUGUACCAGCUGCUUCUCUUGCUGGGCUAGGAGUCAUUGCCACAGUGUUUGUGAUCUCUGUGUUGAUCAAGUUUGACAAGACGCCGUUGGUGAAGGCUUGCGGUCGCGAACUCUCUCACCUUUUGUUAAUUGGCAUACUUAUGGCGUUUAGCACGACAUUUGUCACUGUGCUGAAGCCUCGAGAUGUGACAUGCAUUGCGAGAUUCUUUGGAUACGGUGUCGCCUUCACGAUAUGCUACGCGUCUCUUUUCAUUAAGACGAACAGAAUCUCAAGAAUUUUCAAUCGGAAGAACCUCGCUCGGAGGCCUAUUUUAAUCUUACCAUUUUCGCAGCUUAUCCUUGUGGUAGGUGUGGUCUCGGUACAAAUUCUACUCCUGUUAAUGCUUGUUCUCUUACGCACGCCUCGAGCGAAACUUUAUUACCCGGAAAUCUCCACGGUGUAUCUCGACUGUUCCACUUCAAAUUUGGACUUCGGACUCUCCCAAGUGUACAACUUCCUUCUGAUUUCCAUGUGCACUGUUUACGCGUUCAAAACACGGAAAAUCCCUAGCAAUUUCAACGAGGCGAAGUACAUCGCCUUCGCCAUGUACGCAUCGUGCAUAGUGUGGCUAGCAUUCUUGGCCGUGUAUUACAUGGAAGAAGAUUACAAUCAAAAACCUCUGAUUUUGUGCGUAAGCGUUUCUUUGAUAGCGUUUGUUCUGCUGGGCUGCCUUUACGGACCCAAGGUGUACAUCAUUCUUUUCCGGCCACACAGAAAUGUCCGCAGGCAUGUUAACCCAAGCUUGAGUCUGUCCAGUCUGAGUAAAGAGAAGGGCCAGAAGUCUGCGCAUGCGUACGUUGGAGUGAACGACAAUGCUGGCAACGAGGGAGAAGAGGUCCCCGGCAGUAGUGCCGAGGACGCAGUAGCAAACCAACCUACGUUUUCUGAUUCUAGCGCGCCUGCAUCCGUGUGCCUGGAGGGAAAUGGCCAUCUCAUCAAAAAGCAGGAGAUGGAGAAACUUAUAAAGCAUUUGAAAAAGGAAUUGCUUUCCACGAAGGAAUCCCUGCGCAUGACACAAGACCAGCUACUCAGACGCAUGCAGAACAGCCGCAGUUGGGGAGACCUUAGAGAAACCAGUGUACCGCAAGGAUACGAAAAGUUACAAGGAAAAGACGAAGCUUGUUCAGGGAAGACUUUAAACAAUGGAUCAGCAAAGACGCCGAAAGCAUCCUAUGACGACGAAAAACAAAGAGAAAAUUCAGCUCAAAAAGCAACUGACACCAAACAGACGAAAAGACAGAGGUUGCGGCAGCGAAGUGGAAAGACGUCUCCAUCACAGCAGAGGCUAUUAAUGUCUAUUCCGCAGAGUGACGUCAGAGACGAAAACGGCAAGCACAGACAUUUUGGGGGUGAGGCUGCUGAUUACAAAGUUGCGGGUUGCGAAAUUGGUAGCAGGGAACAAGGUGUUAAGGGAAUGAAAGCUGGCCAAGAAGUCGAGAGGGAAAAGUUGAACUACACAGAUAAAAGACUAACAAAUGAGAGAUACGUUGAAUGGAGGCGGUUAGGUGAAAAUGCAGUUCGAAGAAAAAGCUUUGACGAGUCUUUAAGGACAAGAGAAAGACUGUGUCAAUCCGAGGUUGACAUAAAUGUUAUAUCAACCGAUCAAGACUUGUUGGAAGAGGAGGCGUUUAGGAGAAAUGAUAAAAUACAAAGUGAAGAAGAGAAAUUUAGGACGGACACAAAAAAUAAUUGUGAAACGUGUCAAGGACUUUUGAGUGACGACAAACACAACAGAGUUAUAUGCACCGCUUUAUGACAAAUUGCAAUGGGGGAGAAAACAAGUAAUAUCAGUAUAGGUGCUAUAUAAAUUGACGGUCAUUGAGAAAUUUAAUUUCUCCUUGGGAAACUGGAAAAUUCUAACGCGUUGACGGUGAGCCUUUGCCUGACACAAAAUAACUUGAAAUAAGUGAAAUGAUAAUUGAAAGAGAAGCUGUAACCGAAAUUGAAAACGUGAUCCUCUCUUUCAAGACGAAAAACUAUUGCGACUCUUGUAGUAUCAAUUUUUUAACGCCGGGUUAUGCAUUACAAAGAGGAAGCCACCAGGUCAAACUGCUUUGUCGUAAAACCCGUCUCUAUCAGAUCUAGCGCUUUGGGUACCAAGUUCAAGCUUACGGGUUUUCAGAGACUGAUCACAACCAGCAAAGAGUCUGGGUAAGAGUGUACCUCCCAUUAACGCAUGCGCUUUUUUAGAGCGGUUUUUAAUUGAUUGUCGAAAGUAAUUAGGCAAUUAAUUUGGUUUUGGUUUUACGCCGGUUUAAAAUUGGCUAAGUAGUUUAAUUGGUAAGUAAUUGGUUUGGUUUUGGUUUUACGACACUCAAUUGAAAAACGCUCUUAGCUAGCUGCAAGACUAAUUAAAGCUGAAUUUUGUGCCAAACACGUCAAUUCAUGGCUUUUUCCACGCGUUAAGUAAAUUAGGUGGGAAGCAGUGCGGUGAAUGGCCACGUUUCGAAACUAACCCGCGAGCCCCUGGAAGAGGCUAAUAAUAACAGAAUAACAUAUAAAAGACAUAAAAAUAUAUAAAUAGGCGAAGAAAUGAAUGAGUGAGCGAUCGAUCUAACGAAAGAAUGAAGUGGAGUAAAUGAAUAGAAGAAUUAAAUUGAUAGAGUUUUAACUAGGAACACUGACUGAGAAAUUUAUUAAAACUUCAUUGAAAAUGUCUA